AAAGAAAAAAAAAGGGGGAAAAAUCAGGAUCUCAUUACAAGAGCAACAGACCGUCUGCAGACGCCUGUCAGCAUGGAAAGUCGGGGGCUUUCGCCCGGUUCCUCCUAGAAAUUCCCCCGAAGAAGGAUCUUGAAAGCUCCCCCACAUCUGGGUAUGGAGAGCGCGAUCACGCUGUGGCAGUUCCUGUUGCAGUUGCUGUUAGACCAGAAGCAUGAGCAUCUGAUCUGCUGGACCUCCAGCGAUGGCGAAUUCAAGCUCCUCAAAGCGGAAGAAGUGGCCAAACUGUGGGGACUCCGCAAGAACAAAACAAACAUGAACUACGAUAAGCUGAGCAGAGCCCUUCGAUACUACUACGACAAGAACAUCAUCAAAAAGGUGAUUGGGCAGAAGUUUGUGUACAAGUUUGUCUCUUUCCCGGAGAUACUGAAAAUGGACCCUCACGCGGUGGAGAUCAGCCGGGAGAGCCUUUUGCUGCAGGACAGCGACUGCAAGGCGCCUCCCGAGGGCCGCGAGGCACACAGACACGGCUUGUCAGCCCUCAAAAGCGCAAGCCGCAACGAAUACAUCCACUCAGGCCUGUACUCGUCCUUCACCAUUAAUUCCCUGCAGAACCCACCAGAAUCCUUCAAGGCAAUCAAGACAGAGAAGCUGGAGGAGCAGCCAGAAGACAGCCCUCCCGUGGAAGAAGUCAGGACUGUCAUCAGGUUUGUGACCAAUAAAACCGACAAGCACACCAGCAGGCCCGUGGUGCCCCUGCCCUCCACCUCUGAGGCCUUCCUGGCCUCGUCCGCCUCAGCCAAGGUCUCCUCUUUAAUGUUGCCAAAUGCCGCCAGCAUUUCGUCCGCUUCACCCUCCUCGUCUCGGUCCCCGUCCCUGUCCCCCAGCUCGCCCCUCCCUUCUGAACACAGAAGCCUCUUCCUGGAGGCCGCCUGCCAUGACUCCGAUUCCCUAGAGCCCUUGAACCUGUCAUCGGGCUCCAAGACCAGGUCUCCAUCUCUUCCCCCAAAGGCCAAAAAACCCAAAGGCUUGGAAAUCUCUGCGCCCCCGCUGGUGCUCUCUGGCACUGACAUCGGCUCCAUCGCCCUCAACAGCCCAGCUCUCCCCUCGGGAUCCCUCACCCCAGCCUUCUUCACCGCACAGACACCAAAUGGAUUGCUUCUGACCCCGAGUCCACUGCUAUCCAGCAUACAUUUCUGGAGCAGCCUUAGUCCAGUUGCUCCUCUGAGUCCUGCCCGGUUGCAAGGGCCAAACACGCUGUUCCAGUUUCCAACACUGCUUAAUGGCCACAUGCCAGUGCCAAUCCCCAGUCUGGAUAGAGCUGCUUCUCCAGUACUGCUUUCUUCGAACUCUCAGAAAUCCUGAUGACAUCUGGCCACAAUUAAAGACUUAUUAACUGAUGAGACAAAUUUGUCCCCCUGGGCUAGUUUACCUGUGUCAUGAGAAGGACAUUGUGAAACCCUCUGUUAAUUUGGUUUGCACUUUUCAUAACAUGGAUGGUCUAGAUUUAUGUUAGCAUUUUUAAAACUUUUUUUUUUAUAUUCAAGUAUAUAUGAAGAUCUGUUUGGCAUUAAGUGAAUUUUAAUGUUUUUGUUUUAUAUCUUCUUAGCUCUUAAGUGUUGAACACUGUUGACAGUGAAGAACUUUUCUUAAUGGUUUUCAGUAUAACUAAUAAGGAUGUGAAGCUUUUUUUCUCUUUAAUUCUGCAUACGCUGAACUAUGCUUAUAGACACUAUAACCAGCUGUGCCUUCCUUUGCAUUUAGUUUUAUGUAAAUGAUUUAUAUAUUUUUUAGUAUUAAGAGAAAAUGUUUGAAAGACAAAAAUUAGUAUCAAACAGCUCUCUAGUAGAAUUUCAUUAUUUUCCACAAGUAGGCAACAUGAAAGCAUAUUCAUAUUUUUCCUUUUCGCUUUCAAUUGUAUAAGAAUUGCCUUAGAACCUCUUUUGAACUGAAAUUCAGUAAAUGUCCAAGUUAAUGUUUUUAUAAAAUAAACUAAGCCAUAUUUAGAAAAUAAACAUUCAUAAAAGAAAA